AUGCCUCACUUCACUACUCUCUAGUACAGGGACAAGUCACAUCUAUACACUUGAGUGUAUUUAUAAAAUGAAUUUCUCAAACAAUAAAAUACAACCUCAAAUCAAAUGGAGCACGGAGAACGCCAACAUCCAGACUAUUUUUCCUCAGAUGAUGAUGUCCCUGCAAAAACGGUUCUCUAUGGUGAGCCUCAAGUUCCACCACUUUCAAUGCUGAAAACUGAUAAGGUUCUAAAAAAAUUCUCCGCUUAUCUGGAAAAUCUUCCUCCACUUCCUGAAGUCAAUAGUUUGGGGGGAGGCCUUAAGGUCGAAACCAUUCUGGACAUGGUACAAAACACAAGCCACGAUUCAUUCCUCCUCAUCAAAUUUAAGAAUAAGGAUGAACCCGAGUUGAUUCCCCUAGACUUGGCCCUACAGAAAGUUCCCUAUCUUUUAUCCAAAUUCUAUAAAGAAUAUGUAUGUAUGCCCUUGCCUUCGAGAGUUCUGAGCUACUUUAUUUAGUGAGAUACGACUAAAGAUAAAAAGAAAAACCAAAAA